AUGACUACUUUGCAAUUUUUUAACUACACCGGAACUGAGGCCAACUCAGAAUCCUUCCACUACUCUCAGGCCGUCAAAAUCGGUACAAUGGUGAAAACGUCCGGUCAAGGUGGCUGGGACGAGAGCGGAAACAUCACACCCAAUGCUGAGAAACAGGUCGCCAUCGCCUUUGAGAACGUCGAAAAAGCUUUGAAAGAGGUUGAUCCACGUCUAUCGUGGGCAAAUGUCUAUGCGGUGCGAAGCUAUCAUAUCAAAAUGGGGGAGACAUUCGAUAUGGUCGGCAGCAAUUUCAAAAGGGUCCUUACAGACCACCGUCCGAUUUGGACUUGCGUGGAGAUUGGAAAGCUGGGUAUUGAAGGGAUGGUGAUUGAGAUUGAGGUGGAGGCUUAUUGUCCAUUCUAG